UUCGGUUGACGCUGGUGGUGGUCGUUGCUUCGACGCUGUUUAUUUAUUUUCCGUGCAAGUUUUUAAUCAUAAAACAAGAUGAGUUACAUGCUGGGGCAUCUCCACAACGGCUGGCAAGUCGACCAGGCGAUUUUAUCAGAAGAAGAUCGAGUUGUGGUGAUUCGUUUUGGCCACGACUGGGACCCGACAUGCAUGAAGAUGGACGAAGUACUGUACAGCAUCGCGGAGAAGGUCAAGAACUUUGCAGUUAUAUACCUUGUGGAUAUCACGGAAGUCCCAGACUUUAACAAAAUGUACGAGUUGUAUGACCCAUGCACGGUGAUGUUCUUCUUCCGCAACAAGCACAUCAUGAUCGACCUGGGCACCGGCAACAACAACAAGAUCAACUGGCCCCUCGAGGACAAGCAGGAGAUGGUGGACAUCCUGGAGACCGUGUACCGGGGCGCCAGGAAAGGCAGGGGUUUAGUCGUCUCGCCCAAGGAUUACUCCACCAAGUACCGCUACUGAGCUACUAAACUGCGUAAGCUUGUGGAUCUUACAGUGUCAGAACAUGGUAGUGUAAUGUGUAUUACAUAUUGUGUAAGUGCAAAGAGUCUUAAUGUGGACAGUAAGAGGCAAUCUGACUGUAUAUUGAGGAAAAAAAUAUAUUCAGAUUCUCAAAUUUCCAUGAAUUGUUUUAUAGGUGGAUAGUGAAUAAUGAAAUUUCGAGCAUUGUUUUAAAUGUUUGUGUGUAUAUGAAGUAAAUGUAACUGAAAUAAUAUAAGAAAUUUUAGAUAUAA